AUGGAACCACUAUUUCAACUAUGGGAUAUGCAAAUAGUACAGUUAAUAGUGGUACAUAUGAACUCAACGACAAGAAUACCUGGUGACAGGAUAUAUAAUAUGAUGUUAACCGAUUCCUACACAGCUUUCUUAAAAACUGAUAUCGCCAGUUAUACUCGGGACAAUAAUAAUAAUGAAUACUAUUUCAUUUUUUUGCAAACACCGGAUCAUCUGCUAAAGGAUGAAAUGCAACAAAUAUUUAAUUACUGCUGGUUGCAUUAUCUCAUAAAUUGUGUUGUCCAAGUACAAACUGAAAGGGGUGAAGUACUACUCUACACCUAUUUUCCAUUCACAGCGAAAUACUGUUAUAAAAUAGAGCCAGUUUUAUUUAAUCAAUUUAAAGGUGCGGGAUUUACGAAAUCAGAAUUAUUUCCAAGAAAACUUAAAAACUUUUAUGGCUGCAAGCUUAAAGCUGCUUUAUGGCAUUUAGUUCCUUUGGUAACCUUAGAGACCAAUGCAGAGGGCCAGGUCAAGAUAAACGGAGGUUUUGAGGGUAAUAUGUUAAAUGUGUUAGCACAAAAACUAAACUUCUCGGUUGAAAUCUGGAUUCCACCAGAAGCUGUAAAACGUGGCACUCUAGUAAAUGGAAGUUUUAAUGGAGCUAUUGGAAUGAUAGAAAAACAUACUGCUGAUUUAACAAUUGCUGGUUUUCGCCAAACGCUCGAACGUUCCAGAGUUGCUUCUCCCACAGUCGUUUAUCGGCAGGAUCACGUAGUAGCGGUAGUAUAUAAGGCUGCAUACCAAUUCAAUUCUUUUGAACUACUAGUGCAUCCAUUCACAACCUACGUCUGGACAAUACUCUUAAUAACAGUAAUAUUAGCUCUCAUUACACAGUGUUUUGAAAACACGGUCUUGUUGAAAUCAAGAAUCAAGACCAAGGACACGUCGAAAAGUUUUCUACACAUAUUUCGAAUUCUACUUGGCCUACCUGUUUUGCAACUAACAAACAAUUCUGGAAGACGACUUUUGUUAAUACUUUGGUUCUGGGUUAUGUUUAUAAUACGUAAUUCGUAUCAAGCUUUAUUGUUUCACUUGAUACAUACACAAACAUCGAAACCCAUUCCCAAUUCUAUAGAUAAAAUACUAACACAGAACUAUACAUUUCUAAUGAACAAAGAUAUUCUAAAUGAUGUAUCUUUAGCUAAAAAAUUUGUUUUUGAAGUUGUGCCAAAUGGUAAGAGCCCUUUGAAUUUACUGGAAAAUACAAGUCGUGGUCCUUUAGUCGGCAUAACGACUAACACAAUUUUAGCUUAUUUUGUACAUCAAAAUCGGAAAGCAGGAGACUACUUUUUGAUACCACAGCAGAUAGUAUCAUUUUAUAUGACUAUGUAUCUUAGCAAACACUCUUUUCUUCUCGAUGAGUUUAAUAAACAAAUUUCUUGGAUUGUCAGCACUGGUCUUAUGAACGCAUGGCUAAGUAGGGAGAUAGAUAAUAACUACUUAUUUAAUGGACAAGUUAUGCAGGAUCAUUUAUUUGGUAUGAAAGAGUUGUGGGCUGCUUUUCUAGUUAUUAUAAUUGGUGUUAUUAUUUCAAGCUGUGUAUUUACGCUGGAAUUUAUAUCUUCGAAAUCAAAAUUUGUUCAGAAAUUAUUUUAA